GUAGUCGCGAAAUCACCAAUCAACCAUCCCAAUUCGAGAGAUGCAUUAACUCUCCAAUGCAGACCUGAAUUUUUGUCGACGAGCAAGUGUUUACAAAUUAUAUUAGAUAUCCGCAGAAGAGAAUAAGACAAAUCUUGGUACGGUGUUGGGUACCCGAGAUAUAUAACCUCCAAAUUUGUUUCAUUGUGUAUCGUGAAGAUUUUUAGUGAUUAUACAUAAACGAAGAAGUGAUGGAAAGCAAUAGUGGCGUAGUUAGGGUGAAAGAAGAGCCAAGCGAAACUUUGGCGAUCGCAGGCGAUGAGUACGUUUUCGACUCGCUGCACAACCAUAUAAAAAUCGAAAACUAUGAACCAUUGCCGUUCCAUGAAAUAUCGGCAAAAUCCGAGAAUAAAGAUGUGCCGUUACAGGAGAGGUUAGAUAAAAAAAUAUUGAUCGAUUUUGAGUGCAAAAAUGUCAAACUUGAACGACCUAAUGUGAAAAAAGAAAACCAAAAUUCGACUAAUUACACCAAUGAAAAAAGUUUAAUAAUUUUGAUAAAAAAAGGAUUCAAUUAUGAUGAUAAUUGUCAAAUGAAUGUCAACUCUCAGCAAGUCCAAAAAAUCAUACGCAAACGAUACUUCAAAUAA